GAGGGAAACUGCCGAAUUGGCGGGGUAAGUCUACGGGCUAUCAUACCAAACAAACAUCAACUCUCGGGACGUAGGCCCGGGAACCCGUCACCGCCGGAAUAUAGAGAGCCUCUUGCAAAUCUAAAAACCAUAAAUAUACGCUUUCGAAAAUAUUCCUCGGAUGUCCAUUGGCUUCCAGUGGCUUCCAGUGGCUUCGAAUCUACGUCGUCCCUACGAUACAAAUUUCCAACAACACUACUUGAUAUCCCGCACCAUCUACGAGCGCCCUCCACUCAACAACCCCAUUAAGGCGUGAAGCAUCUGAUAUUCGAACUCCUUUAGUCUGCCUACCUUUCAACAAACAGCCUCCGCACUACCUCCAUCAUGUCGGACAUGGCCAAGCUACUUUCGUGGGGAAUCGAGAAUUCGGUUCCCUCGGAUGACCCGAACGCAGAGGACAGGAGAACCGAACUGGUAUACACCUCCCGCCCUUCCCCUCACCCCCCCGCAGAGCCCAUACGCUGACCAUGAUCAAAAAAAUCAGGACCCGGCGCUCCUAGCCCAACUCUUCGGUGCAAAUGUCAAGGACGACAGCAUCCUCAUGCGUGAGGCGCUAGAAGCGAUCCGGGACCCCGAAGUCACCCUCGAAAACAAGGAGAUCGCCUUCGACAACCUCGAAAUGCUCGUUGAGAACCUGGACAACGCCAACAACCUCGAGAAUCUCAAGCUCUGGCCUCCCUUGAUAGCGCAGUUAUCAGUGCCCGAGCAGCAACUCCGCUUCAUGGCGGCCUGGUGCAUCGGGACUGCAGUCCAGAACAACCCAAAGUCUCAGGCGGCCAUGUUCAAGCACGGGGGUGUGGCGAAGAUCGUUGAUCUAGUGCUUAGAGAUCCAGAAGAGAGGGUUAGGUCCAAAGCGGUUUACGCACUUAGCAGUCAGAUUAGAAACGAAGAGGAGUCGUUGAAGGCCGUUGUAGAACUGCUGCCGGAGGAGAUACUAGAGAAGGGGAGGUACGAGUAUCGGGCGGAUGAUAUGGAGGCUAUUGAUGAGUUGGUGAAGGCUCUGAGGGAGAGGGUCAAGAAGGUCAUCAGUCCUUAGGGGGAUGUCUACGAUUUUCCGGAGGUUUCUAGCGGUUUGGUCUAUCUUAUUCUGCGGCUACGAAAAUGCUGCCUCUUUUUUCUCUUUUGUCUUCUUUCACCCCUUUUCCCCACUCUUCCUCUCUUCGCUUGCUGUAGAUAUUCAAAAGUAAACUCUUGCUAUAAGUUUUCCAAUAUCACCGUUGCGAACACAGUAUUAUCAC